GGGUCCACACAUUCUACGUUUGACCAUGACGGGCAGGACGUGGGAGCAGCACCACCAUCCAGGGACCUGAUAACCCUCUCGUACGUGCAUUUCUGCAGGACGGCGAGAUAUACCGAGCGACGGGAUUACCUUCAGAGUAGAGUAUUACUAGAGCAGUGAAGUGACUAGUGGUAGACAGGAGGGAAGAUGAGGCCGUGAAAUUUUGAAAACGAUCGUGUGUGCAGGUUGAGACAAGCGCAUGAAUGUGCAGGAAAGGAAAUGUCAUUCCUGUAAUACUUUUACACUGUUCUCAGCCUUUUACAGCCCAGGACCAUUCAUAAUCUGCUGUGAACGGAGGCUGGUCGUCGGCCAACACUUGUGGUAACUUCACACAUUGCAGCUUAAUAUGAAAGGAUAAAAUACAUGAAUAAGUGUUGACCUAAACAUCAGCCACCACCUUAGCCGGAGGGAGGGACAGAACCUACCUGCCCUCUCUUCACACCACUCAAAAUAAACCACAGAAACUUAAAAGAGGAAAGGUUCACAGACGAGUGGGAGACCCUGUCACAGGAUACCUCGCGUGUACAUUCCUAGGCCAGGAACCUAUCGGCAAUUAUCGUGAUGAUUAUUGCCCGCUGACCCAUCCCCCCCUCACCUCUUCACCAUCCCCUAACCCUAAAAGUUAUGGGAGGGAGUGUAGGUAAGGGGGGCUCAGGGAAGGGGGGUUCCCUGCUGGAUGCCCUACCCUCCCUUAACUCUCCGUUACAUGUAGUAAUGCUAGGGCUGGACUCAGCGGGCAAGACCACUGCCCUCUACCGUCUCAAGUUCGACCAGUACCUCAACACAGUGCCAACCAUCGGCUUCAACUGUGAGAAAAUUAAAGGCACGUCAGGCAGGUGCAAAGGCACCAGCUUCCUCGUAUGGGACGUAGGUGGACAGGAGAAGCUACGCCCACUGUGGCGUUCCUACACCCGCUGCACGGACGGCAUAGUGUUCGUGGUGGACUCUACGGACACGGAAAGGAUGGACGAGGCUAAAAUGGAGCUGCUGAGGACCGUGAGGACCCCGGAUAACCACCACGUCCCCAUCCUGGUCCUAGCCAACAAGCAGGAUCUCCCGGGAGCCAAGGAUGCCACUCAGGUGGAGAAGAGCCUGGGGCUGCGGGAACUGGGACCUGCCCAGCUCUUCCACGUUCAGCCGUCCUGCGCCAUCAUAGGAGACGGACUGGCCGACGGCCUGGAGUGUCUCUACGAGAUGAUCUGUAAGAGGAAGAAAAUCAGCAGAAGCGGUCACAAGAACAGCAAGAGGAGGUGAUGAGCGGUGUGUGUAGCGACCAUCACUCUCCUCCAUGAUGAUGCUGUGUGUGUGUGUGUGUGUGUGUACUCACCUAUUUGUACUCACCUAGUUGAGGUUGCAGGGGUCGAGUCCAAGCUCCUGGCCCCGCCUCUUCACUGGUUGCUACUAGGUCACUCUCCCUGAACCUUGAGCUUUAUCAUACCUCUGCUUAAAGCUAUGUAUGGAUCCUGCCUCCACUACAUCGCUUCCCAAGCUAUUCCACUUCCUGACUACUCUGCGGCUGAAGAAAUACUUCCUAACAUUCCUGUGAUUCGUCUGUGUCUUCAACUUCCAACUGUAUCCCCUUGUUGCUGUGUUCAAUCUUUGGAACAUCCUGUCUUUGUCCACCUUGUCAAUUCCUCUCAGUAUUUUGUAUGUCGUUAUAAAGUCCCCCCUAUCUCUCCUGUCCUCCAGUGUGGUCAGGUUGAUUUCCCUUAACCUUUCCUCGUAGGACAUCCUCUUAGCUCUGGGACUAGUUUUGUUGCAAACCUUUGCACUUUCUCUAGUUCCUUUUACGUGCUUGGCUAGGUGUGGGUUCCAGACUGGUGCCGCAUACUCCAAUAUGGGCCUAACGUACACAGUGUACAGGGUCCUGAACGAUUCCUUAUUAAGAUGUCGGAAUGCUGUUCUGAGGUUUGCUAGGCGCCCAUAUGCUGCAGCAGUUAUUUGGUUGAUGUGCGCUUCAGAAGAUGUACCUGGUAUUAUACUCACACUAAGAUCUUUUUCCUUGAGUGAGGUUUGUAGUCUCUGGCCCCCUAGACUGUAUUCUUUCUGCGGUCUUCUUUGCCCUUCCCCAAUCUUCAUGACUUUGCACUUGGUGGGGUUGAACUCCAGGAGCCAAUUGCUGGACCAGGUCUGCAGCCUGUCCAGAUCCCUUUGUAGUUCUGCCUGGUCUUCGAUCGAAUGAAUUCUUCUCAUCAACUUCACGUCAUCUGCAAACAGGGACACUUCAGAGUCUAUUCCUUCCGUCAUGUCGUUCACAAAUACCAGAAACAGCACUGGUUCUAUGACUGACCCCUGUGGGACCACGCUGGUCACAGGUGCCCACUCUGACACCUCGCCACGUACCAUGACUCGCUGCUGUCUUCCUGACAAGUAUUCCUUGAUCCAUUGUAGUGCCUUCCAUGUUAUCCCUGAUUGGUCCUCCAGUUUUUGCACUAAUCUCUUGUGUGGAACUGUGUAAAAACGCCUUCUUGCAGUCCAAGAAAAUGCGAUCCACCCACCCCUCUCUCUCUCUUGUCUUACUGCUGUCACCAUAUCAUACAACUCCAGUAUGUUUGUGACACAGGAUUUCCCGUCUCUGAAACCAUGUUGGCUGCUGUUGAUGAGAUCAUUCCUUUCUAGGUGUUCCUCCACCACUCUUCUCCUGAUAAUCUUCUCCGUGACUUUGCAUACUAUACAUGUCAGUGACACUGGUCUGUAGUUUAGUGCUUCAUGUCUGUCUCCUUUUUUAAAGAUUGGGACUACAUUUGCUGUCUUCCAUGCCUCAGGCAAUCUCCCUGUUUCGAUAGAUGUAUUGAAUAUUGUUGUUAGGAGUACACAUAGCACCUCUACUCCCUCUCUCAGGACCCACGGAGAGAUGUUAUCCGGACCCAUUGCCUUUGAGGUAUCUAUCUCACUCAGAAGCCUCUUUAUUUCUUCCUCGGUUGUGUGUACUGUGUCCAGCACUUGGUGGUGUACCCCACCUCUCCGUCUUUCUGGAGCCCCUUCUGUCUCCUCUGUGAACACUUCUUUGAAUAUCUUGUUGAGUUCCUCACAUCACGGUAAUUUCUUGUUGCAUCUCCUUCUUCCUUCCAUAGCCUGAUUACCUGGCCCUUGACUGUUGUUUUCCUCCUGAUGUGGCUGUAUAACAGCUUCGGGUCAGAUUUGGCUUCGCUGCUAUGUCGUUUUCAUAUUGUCUUUGGGCCUCCCUUCUUAUCUGUGCAUAUUCAUUUCUGGCUCUACGACUGCCCUCCUUAUUCUCCUGGGUCCUUUGCCUUCUAUAUUUCUUCCAUGCCCUAGCACACUUGGUUUUUGCCUCCCUGCACCUUUGGGUGAACCAUGGGCUCAUCCUGGCUUUUUCAUUAUUCCUGUUACCCUUGGGUAACAGGCUUCCCUGCCAGUUCUCUGUCCCACUGAACCCAGUUCAGGAAGUUCCUCAUUCCCAUGUAGUCCCCUUUCUUGUAGUUUGGCUUCAUUCGCCCUGGUCUUCCUGCUUCCCCCUCCACUUGUAGCUCUACUGUGUAUUCGAAGCUUAAAACCACAUGAUCGCUGGCCCCAAGGGGUCUUUCAUAUGUGAUGUUUUCAAUAUCUGCACUGCUCAAGGUGAAUACUAGGUCCAGUCUUGCUGGUUUACCCUCUCCUCUCUCUUUUUGUAGUGUCCCUUACGUGUUGGUACAUGAAGUUUUCCAGUACCACCUCCAUCAUCUUAGCCCUCCAUGUAUCUUGGCCCCCAUGUGGCUCCAAGUUCUCCCAAUCGAUUUCCUUGUGGUUAAAGUCACCCAUGAUCAGGAGCUUUGCCCUGCAUGCAUGAGAGCUCUUCUGGCCACUGCAGCCAGGUGUGUGUGUGUGUGUGUGUGUGUGUGUGUGUGUGUGUGUGUCGUGUGUGUGUGUGUGUGUGUGUGUGUGUGUGUGUGUGUAUGUGUGCGUGUGUGUGUGUGUGUAUGUGUGUGUGUGAGUGUGAGUGUGUGUGUAGUGUGUGUGUAGCAUAUGUGUAGUGCUACCCAGCUGUGUGCAGCGUGUGUGUUGUGUUACCCAGCUGUGUGUAGCAUGUGUUGUGCUACCCAGCUGUCUGUAGAGUGUGUGUAGUGCUAUCCAGCUGUCUGUAGUGUGUGUGUAGUGCUACCCAGCUGUCUGUAGAGUGUGUUUAGUGCUACCCAGGUGGUGUGGGUAGCGUGUGUGUAGUGAGCGUGUAGUGCUACCGGGGUGUGGGUAGCGUGUAUGUAGUUCUACCGAGGUGUGGGUAGCGUGUGUGUAGUGCUACCCAGCAGUGGGUAGCGUGUGUGUAGUGCUACCCAGCAGUGGGUAGCGUGUAAAAACAUAAGAUUAAUAAAUUUUAUAUCUGAGUA